CUCGAGAAAUUUAGCUCCCGAUGGAGACGAGAUCAGAGAAAAGUGACGACGGGAAAACAAGAAAGAAGCUCGACGAUGCAGCCAAACUCGCCAGAGACUCCUGGAAUUCGGGAAACCGCAUUAAGGCUUUGGAGAUAACCGAGAAAACGAUUUCAGAGCAUGGGAAUCACGAAAAGUGCUUUGGUCUCCACGAACUGCAAGGUGAUAUCUUCUAUAGCCAAGCGCUGAAAACAGAUAACACCGACGUCAAAUGCGUUUACUUGUUUGCUUCUGUCGAUGCAUAUUCAAUGGCUACUCUUCUGUCUCCUAACUCUCUAAGGUCCUUUCGUGGCUAUGCUCGUUCGCUAAUCCAGUUGGGUGAUCAGCUUGGGGUAAACAAGUUUUAUGAGAAUGUGUCUAAAGCAAAGCCGGGAUUGUCCAUAACCCAACCUCAAGGACACUCUACGGAGGUAGGCUAUUUUGACAAGAUGAUGACAGAACUUCAGAAAUUGAUACAUGUUGCAGCAACACAGAAGAUGCAUCAGACUGUUACUGCGCCUGUUCCUGCUACACGUACUAUGGCUAAUCAGAAAGAACUGGGGAAGGAAGAUCCAUCUUUUAAUCGAUUGAAAAACAUUUGGGUUAAGUUGGAUGACAAGACCAAAAGGGAAUUUUUGGUAGUAGGCUUUGAAAAACUUAUAGACUAUAUACAGGAUAAGCAUGGGACGAAAGUUAAAGAACAUUUUCAGAAAUGUGUACCCAUCGCCAAUAAUCUUCGAUGGAGAUUCUGGAAGUGCCACAUUUGUUCUCAGGUUAACUACUGUUUUACUGAUUGCAAGAUGCACAUCUUGGAUAGCCAUGUGCACAAAUUUGAACCUGCCUUCAGUGCUCGCCCUAAGUAUGUGGAUGGGGUUUUGGCUGACAUGAUAUCUUCUGGGGAUUGGAAGCCUGUAGAUACAGCAAAGGCAGCAAAUCUGAUCAAAGAUAGAACUAAGAGCAGGGAAGAGAUCGUUUAUGUUAAUGGUUGGUGUAGCGAUUGGCCUCUGGCGGAGGAUGAAGAGCGGGAAAACAUACUCAAACAGUUCGCUGAGCUUCUUAAAUCUUCUUGCCCCAAGGAGAACCGUACUCUUUCAUGUACCCUUUGGGAGUGGUUGAUAGAUUACACAGAAGAGCAUCUGGACCUACCUGGAGUCCGUCGAUGCUAUCUUGAUCAAUGUAGCUUCUUUAAGAACCCUCAGUGCAUCUGUUUCUUAGAUCUUAAGCACCUUGAGUACAUCCUCAAAUAUUUUAGACAGCUUACCACAGAUGUUCGCACAAGUUUGGUUUCAAAAGUAGUGAAUCAGUACUGGGAAAAUUCCCAGGUCAAGGAAAGAAUUGAUCUUGAGGGAGUAACUACUUAUAAUCUGCUUCUGGACAAGAGACUGCUGUAUGAAGAAAAGCUUGAAUUUGAUAACAUAGGGACAGUAGAGCAUUGUAAAUCCACUGGAAUAUAUAAGGAUGUGAUACCUAAGGGUGAUAAGAUGGUCUCUUGGGUUCUUGACUGCCCAGAAAUCGACCAAGAACUUGUGUCUCAAAUUGCAAAGGGCAUACACAAUCGUGAGAUAUGGUUAGCUGCUUUGAGAAUAGUACGUCGCAUGGUUAGGAAACGUGAAAGCUAUUAUGGUAAGCGACAUAAGAUGCUAACCUAUGAGAAGAUGUUGGGUGAGGCUGAGGCGAUUUGUGACAGAGAAGACACUAGAAAGAAUGUUAAUCAGCGGAUAAAAUAUGCGUUUGCGCUUCAGAUGAAGUGUGAGGGGCUUAUAGUAAAGCAUGAUGAUGAUACCAAAUGUUUCCUGAGUGUUGUAAGAGAUGUUUUUGAAAAACAAAAGUCUCCAAGAUUUGAAGUUUCAGAAGAUAUGGAGUGUAUAUCCAGACUCUCUACCACUUUCGAAAAUGAUGAUGUUAAAGAAAGUCUAUUGAGGCUAAGGAAAUCGCUGAAAGAGAAAUUCGUUUUGAUUGACUCGAAGAUUUUGCUGAACGAAUCUAAUUACGAAAAGCUAAUAGACGUAUUCCCAAAGCUAUCGGGAGUUGAGUAUCGCUUGGUGGUCCUUCCGUUUGUGAAGAAGUUUUUACAGGAUAAAUUGGUAAAAGUGAUGAAAAGAAAUAGUAGUUCAGUAGCUGCGGGAGAUUCUGCUGAACGAGAAGGGAAGAAGAGUCGUCUUUAAAAUAAGCCUGCAGGGCUAAAAGUUUGGAGAAAUCAUUCUUGCAGAUGGAGAAAAAUGUAAGAGUAUGAGUUGUCUAGAAAACAGUCUUUUAUGUUAUCGGAAAAACUUUGGAUUCGAGAGACAAACUAGUCUGAAAAUCUGUAGUUUGUUUUGAAACCAAACCAGAUGCACAUAUAUACUGUAUAUGUUUCUGUGUGUGAAAGGACACUGAAACUAGUCUGUAUAUGUUUGUGUGUAAAGAUGAUGUUCCUUUA